AUGCCUUCUCUUCGCGAGACAGAACCUUCAGAGUCUAAUCCUCAAUCAGCCUCUUCGGCUGGCCCUCUACCUGGCUUCACGAGUGUGUCCAAAAACUCUACUGCUGCCACGCCUUCGCAAAGCCUAACUGAUGCCCUCAAUGACCUCGCCAAGUCUCGCUUGACCACAGGCGCCGUUAACACGCCCAACACUGCCCGGACUUACACCUCCACCUCCAGCAAUGACACAACUUCAUCUGAUAUGGCCGCUACCGUUCUCGCCUCAACUUUGCAGUCGCCAUGCUUUUACCACCAGCGAUUCGCUGAUGCUGUCGACAUCGGCAAGGUUCUCGAGGAAAUCAAGAAUGAUGUUUCCAUGUCACAUUCGCGUCUUGUCGCGACUGCAACUGGUGUUCGAGAAGUUUCCAAGCAGCUUCAGCGCCGUCCUAUCAAGCGCGCAGUUCGCAACAUCAUGAUUGUCACCAAAGCACGCGACAAUCAGCUCGUCUACCUUACUCGCGAGCUUGCCGGGUGGCUUCUGCGAACUCCACGCUAUGGCUCCGACCUCGGCGUGAAUGUCUACGUCGAUGCUAAGCUUCGAAACUCACGACGUUUCGACUCAUCUGGUCUCCUUGCCGAGAACCCCCGCUUCCAGCACAUGCUCAAGUACUGGACACCUGAUCUGUGCUGGAGUCAACCUGAGAAGUUCGAUCUUGUCUUGACUCUUGGCGGCGAUGGUACCGUCCUCUUCACCUCAUGGCUCUUCCAGCGCAUCGUACCUCCUGUGCUCUCAUUCAGUCUUGGAAGUCUAGGUUUCAUGACGACAUUUGAGUUUGAGAAGUACAAAGAACAUCUCAACAGAGUCAUGGGCGAUGAUGGUAUGAAGAUUAACCUCCGCAUGCGCUUCACGUGUACUGUUCACCGCAGCAAUCGUGGAGCUGGUGCUUUGGACGCACCCAAGCUCGAGGAACCGGAGCAAUUCGAAGUUCUUAACGAACUCGUCAUCGAUCGUGGUCCUUCCCCCUAUGUGUCCAACCUGGAGCUGUAUGGUGAUGAUGAACUCCUCACUGUGGUACAAGCCGAUGGUUGCAUCUUCUCCACCCCAACUGGCUCUACAGCAUAUUCUCUAUCUGCCGGUGGCGCACUUGUUCACCCUGAUAUUCCCGCCAUCCUUCUUACACCCAUCUGCCCUCAUACCCUAUCAUUCCGACCCAUGGUUCUUUCUGAUACCAUGGCUCUCCGAGUUGUUGUUCCUCGCAAUUCGCGAGCCACUGCCUAUUGCGCUUUUGAUGGCAAGGGUCGGCUCGAGCUUCGACAAGGUGACCACGUCACAAUCACAGCCUCUCAGUACCCCUUCCCUACCGUGACACGCACCGAUACAGAGUGGUUUGACAGCGUGAGCCGUACUCUUCGCUGGAACGUUAGAGCUUCCGCUCAGAAGCCUUUCGAUGCCGACACAGGAGAUAAUUGCAACGACGACGAUGAUAUCGGUUGGGACAUUGACACCGACAGCGCAUGCUACGCAAGUGAAGAUGGGAGUGUUAGUGCCAGCCCCAUCCGUCGACAGAUGAGCCUUCUGGGUAUGUGA